UUGGAGUUCGUGCAGAUCGUCAUCAUCGUGGUGGUCAUGAUGGUGAUGGUGGUGGUCAUCACCUGCCUCCUGAGCCACUACAAGCUGUCCGCGCGCUCACUCAUCAGCCGGCACGGCCAGGGCCACCGGAGGGAGGACACCCUGACGUCUGAAGGCUGCCUCUGGCCCUCGGAGAACGCUGUGUCGGGCAGUGGGAUCCCAGAGUCACAGAUCUACGCCCCACCACGGCCCGCCGACCGCCUGGCCGUGCCCCCCUUCACCCAGCGGGACCGCUUCCACCGCUUCCAGCCCACCUACCCGUACCUGCAGCACGAGAUCGACCUGCCACCCACCAUCUCGCUGUCGGACGGGGAGGAGCCCCCACCCUACCAGGGCCCCUGCACCCUCCAGCUGAGGGACCGUGAGCAGCAGCUGGAGCUGAACCGGGAGUCGGUGCGUGCGCCCCCCAACAGAACCGUCUACGACAGUGACCUGAUGGACAGCAGCCUGCUGGGCGGCCCCUGUCCCCCAAGCAGUAACUCGGGUAUCAGCGCCACGUGCUAUGGCAGUGGGGGCCGCAUGGAGGGGCCGCCCCCCACCUACAGCGAGGUCAUCGGCCACUACCCCAGGUCCACCUCCUUCCAGCACCAGCCGGGCAGCGGGCCGCCCCCAAUGCUGGAAGGUGGCCGACUCCACCCCACACACAUCACGCCGCUGGAGAGCUCGGCCUGGAACAAGAAAGAGAAUCCGAAGGGACAUCCGCUGUAG